AUGGAUAACGCACACUGCCGAAAGGUAGAGGACGUUCUGGCUUACUUUAAUGUGGAUGAGGAAACCGGUCUCAGCGAUGAACAGGUCAAGCGGCAGACGGAAAAGUUCGGUCUCAAUGCAAAGAGCAUCUGGGAACUGAUUUUCGAACAGUUCGAUGAUCUUCUCGUGAAAAUCCUGCUUCUGGCUGCUGUGAUAUCUUUCGUGCUGGCACUGUUCGAGGAGGAUGAUGAUUCGAUCACGGCAUUUGUUGAACCCUUCGUCAUUCUGCUAAUUCUCAUCGCCAACGCUGUAGUCGGUGUCUGGCAGGAAAGAAAUGCAGAAUCCGCCAUAGAAGCCUUGAAAGAAUACGAACCUGAAAUCGCCAAAGUUUUUCGGAAAAGUAGCCGAGGUGUUCAGAGGAUCAAGGCCGUCAAUCUCGUGCCUGGCGACAUUGUGGAAGUUUCUGUUGGUGACAAGGUUCCUGCCGAUGUCCGCAUCACCCAUAUCUACAGUACUUCCAUGCGUGUCGAUCAGUCUAUUCUGACCGGUGAAUCCGUCUCCGUCUCCAAGAUGACUGAGGAGGUGCCAGACCCCAGAGCGGUGAACCAGGACAAAAAGAACAUCCUCUUCAGCGGCACGAAUAUCGCCUCAGGGAAAUGCAGAGGCGUGGUCAUCGGUACGGGCCUCAGCACCGAAAUCGGCAAAAUUCGAAACCAGAUGAUGAAUACGGAACAGGACAGGACCCCGUUGCAGCAGAAACUGGACGAAUUCGGUCAGCAACUCUCCAAAGUUAGUUAUAUUCAGCGGCGAAGGGACUUUUUUGAUGGGAGAACCUUUCCCUGUUUGGCGUGA